UUACCUGACACAGCAGUGAAGUGAGAGCGAGCGCUCAACUCCUCAAAUUUCUCACGCCUCAGCGUCCAAACUCUGAAAAGCCAAGAAACGGAAAACAUCACACCCCACCAAACCAAACCUAACCGUCCAUUGAAUGGAAACGAGGAUCAACACGCAUGUAAUAUUAACCGCGAAACUAGGUUGGUCGCCUUUAAAACCACCACGCAUUCACCGAAAAAUGAGCUCAUUUAAUAGAACUUUCAACCACUCGACACCUCUCAACACUUCUUCUCUAUGUCUUCAAGAUUCUUCUAAGCCUUCGCGCUUCAAAACCCUCUGUUCUUUCACUCUCCGUCUUCCUACAAACCCUAGAUUUUCGUCCUCCCGCUGUCGGCUGUUGUGUUCCGAUUCAGAUUAUAGUACAUUUAUGGAGGUGGCCAGAGCAGCUGCCAAGCAGGCCUCUGCAUCUUCUGAAAGUGUUGCUAUAAAAGCUGAUCAGAAGAGCUAUACUUACACUCAAUUGAUCUCGUCUGCUUGGAGGGUAUCCAGUCUACUAUGCAAUGGCGCUUUAGCAACUGUUGAUGGCGGCGUCAUCGGAAAUAAGGAUCUUCAUGGAGCUAGAAUAGGAAUUGUAGCUAAACCCUCUGCUGAAUUUGUUGCUGGAGUACUGGGGACUUGGUUGAGUGGAGGUGUCGCAGUUCCACUUGCACUCAGCUACCCUGAAGCUGAGCUCCUACAUGUUAUGAAUGAUUCGGAUGUCUCAAUGAUUUUGAGUACUGAAGAUCAUCAAGAGCUUAUGCAGAGUGUUGCAGCUAAGAGUGCUGCUCAGUUUUCUCUUAUUCCUCCUGUUCCCAGUAUUCCUUCACAGACAUCUGAGCAUGUUCAGUCACAAACUGGAGUAAUGGAUGUGGACGGAAGUUUACAGGGGAUCGAAAAACUAAAUAAGAUAGAAGGGGAGGACCCAGCAUUGAUUAUUUACACUAGUGGUACAACAGGUAAACCUAAAGGAGUUGUUCACACGCACAAAAGCGUCUUAGCGCAGGUCCAAAUAUUGAAAAAUGCUUGGGGAUAUACAUCUGAUGAUCAAUUUCUUAAUUGUCUACCAUUACAUCAUGUUCAUGGGCUCUUCAAUGCUUUACUUGCUCCUCUCUAUGCGGGUGCCACGGUUGAGUUCAUGCCAAAAUUUAGUGUUAGGGGAAUCUGGCAGAGAUGGCGUGAAUCAUAUCCAAGAGAUGGGACUAAGGUUAAUGAUGCUGUAACUGUGUUUACAGGAGUUCCAACCAUGUAUACUCGAUUAAUACAAGGUUACGAAGCAAUGGAUCAUGAAUUACAAGAUGUUUCAGCUUCAGCUGCAAGGCAGUUGCGUCUUAUGAUGUGCGGCUCCUCUGCACUUCCACUUCCUGUCAUGCAACAGUGGGAGACCAUCACCGAACAUCGUCUUCUGGAACGAUAUGGCAUGACUGAGUUUGUCAUGGCAAUUUCUAAUCCGUUAAGUGGUGUGCGGAAAGGAGGCACUGUUGGCAAACCUUUUCCAGGUGUACAGACCAGAAUUAUUGCUGAAGAUGAGAGUGGUGUGGGUGAACUUUGCAUUAAAAGCCCUUCAUUGUUUAAGGAAUAUUGGAAACUUCCUGAGGUAACUAAGGAAUCAUUUACUGAUGAUGGGUUUUUCAAAACUGGAGAUGCUGCUAAAGUGGAUGAAGAUGGAUACUACGUCAUCUUGGGACGCAAUAGUGCUGAUAUUUUGAAGGUUGGUGGAUACAAGCUAUCUGCAUUAGAAAUUGAAGCAAUUCUUUUACAGCAUCCGGCUGUAUCAGAGUGUUGUGUUUUGGGCUUGCCGGACAAAGAUUACGGGGAAGCUGUGUCUGCAAUAAUUGUGCCUGACACAGAGAUUAAGAAAAAACGGGAUGAAGAGUUGAAGCCUGCUGUAAGCUUGGAAGAACUUUGCAAAUGGGCUAAAGUGAAACUUGCACCAUACAAGCUACCAACUCGCUUGAUCUUGUGGGACACGAUGCCUCGUAAUGCUAUGGGAAAGGUGAACAAAAAAGAAUUAAUGAAGAAAAUAACCGCAGAAGUAUAAUAGCAUCAUGGUUUCAGACUACUAGGGGAUUCAACAUUGACGCGCACUAGUUAUAGGAACACAGGUAAGCCGCGAGAAGAGUAGUACUUUGGAGGAAAUUAAAACAGAUAUCCAACUUUGUGCGAUAAGCAGGCAAUUUAUUAUAAGCAAGGGAAAAUUGUAUAAAUUGUUAUGGUGGGUAUCCGAUUGUGUAAUUUAGAAAAGCCAUUAAAUUAUGGAUAUUUGGGUAUAGCAAUGUGAAAUAGCCAUAAGUUUUGGGUGUAUUAAUUAUUUCAUAAAUAAAGAUGUUGGAUUUUAAUAAAUUGCUUUUUUCAUUUA